CAGUUCCGCCUUCUGCACUCUGGCAAACGUUGGCUUGGAUGCACACAUUGAAUGAAAGUCAGUGUAGCAGGCUGUGGUCACCAGCAACUGAGAAUAUCUGCACACAGUCAAGUUAUCUUACAGUUGAGAGUAUAGGCAGCUGGUGAGACUGUAUCAGCAGAGAUAAGCUUACACAUUGGGAGAAGAUAGGUUGAAGCCACUGGUGAAAGGGGAAGGACAAGGCUGUGUGUGGCAAUGCAGCGGGUCACGGCGCAGCUCGUCGCCGGGCUGGUCGCAGCGGUGCUGUCGCUACUGGCAGAGCAGUGUUGGGCGGACGGCGGGGGCCCCAGCCUCGCCGAACGGGUAAUCUGGGCUGUAAAUGCCGGAGGAGAAGCACAUGUAGACGUACACGGUAUUCACUUCAAAAAGGACCCGUUGGAAGGAAAAAUUGGUAAAGCCUCCGAUUAUGGGGUGCGCCUGCCAAUACUGCGCUCCAGUCCAGAGGACCAGAUUCUGUAUCAGACAGAGCGCUACAACGAGGACACUUUUGGAUAUGAUAUUCCCAUUCGAGAGGAAGGAGACUAUAUUCUAGUUAUGAAGUAUGCAGAGGUUUACUUCGCCCAGUCACAGCAAAAGGUGUUUGAUGUCCGUCUAAACGGCCAUGUGGUGGUGAAGGACCUGGAUAUCUUUGAUCGAGUGGGUCACAGCACCGCUCAUGAUGAGAUAGUGCCUUUCUCUAUUCGACGUGGCAAGCUGAGCGUGCAGGGGGAGGUGUCCACUUUCAAUGGCAAGCUCACUGUGGAGUUUGUAAAGGGUUAUUAUGACAACCCCAAGAUCUGCGCUCUCUAUGUAAUGAAGGGGACAUUAGAGGAUGUACCAAAACUUCAGCCUCACCCUGGUUUAGAGAAGCCUGAUGAAGACGAGGAAGAAGAGGAAGACAGUGAAGGAGGCGAGGAAGGUGGGAAGAAAAAGGUCCCGACAGGUUCUAAGUACAGGGUCCAGUCAGGCCCCCGAACACCAAACCCAUAUGCAGCUGACAACAGCAGCCUAAUGUUUCCCAUCCUUGUGGCGUUCGGGGUGUUCAUCCCCACACUGUUCUGCCUUUGUCGGCUGUGAGCUCAAACUAGCGGUCGAGGAGAUGUCAGGAGGACAAGACGGACGUGAGACUAUGAAGGGAGAGAGAGAGGGAGAGAAGGGGGCUUGGGGGGUGGGGGGGGAGUCAAGGUGACAACAGCAGCACAGGUAAAAGCAUACACACAGGAGAGAGUUGAAGGCUUGGAGAAAAUCACAACGAUGGAAGGAACAAAAACAGAAAAUAACUUUUCGGAAAGCCACUGCAAGAUGACAGCGAAUUGUACCAUUGAGGAAAAGGAGAUGUAGGAAGUGUAUGCUGCGCUUCUUUCUGAAUGUGUUUCGCAUCCACCUCUGCUGACCCUUUUGAACAAUGUUAAUCAUUUACACUCAGAGACUGGGCAGGAUUUACAGAUGCCCGUCUUCACGGUUUGAAACCACAUUUCAACAGCUAAGGGAUGCUCAGGAGUGAUUGGUCUGGGCCCGUUUUAUAAACUAAAAGCAUUGUUUUGUACUGGGUGUGGCAAAGAAGCACACUCUGUUUAACACUCCUGCUCAGCAUCUGGUCAGACAUGUCACUUUCAAAUUGGAAAUGGUGCUGCUUAGAAAUUGGUUAAAUAGAUUAGAAACCAUGAGUCAGACGGUUAGUGGAAAUAACAGUUGCCAUUCAAGAGGUUCCCAUUUCUCGCAACUCGUUGCUUUUUUUUUGUGUCUGUCCACUCUAGUUAGUCCUGUGUUGAUGUGCCAUCAUCUGUUUGCCAUAAGGUGCUGAAAGGAGAAAGAAAUUAGUGUUGAACCAGCUGUAGCUGGCAGGUUUAUUCGCUAUCUACUGUCUAACUUGGCUCGUCUUUACAUAAAUAUAGGUUGGGUUUCAGAAAUUUGUAAAUGGAGGGCCUUACAAAGUGUCCUCAACAGUGAUCACAAAUUGAAAGUCCUUGUUGUUAUUUUUUUUUUUCUAAGGAUAGAUCCAUUUAAAAUUUCAGACUUUACAAGGUGAGAAUGUUGAACCUCCAACAGUUUCUUUCAGUGAGAGACACCGUACUUGCAUUUAGUGAGAGGCAAAGUUUAUGCUGUGAAAUGCGAGUGAGUUCUGAUCAUUACAUUGCUGUAUUUUAGGUGAUCUUUGCCUUUUCUAUUCAUUCAUUAAUUAUGCAUGCCUGCCUUUUUGUUUCACCAAAGAAUGACUUUUUUGUUUGUUUAAAAGGAAAACAUGGUGGCCUGUUUAAGUUGACAAGUAGCUUGCAAAUUCGGUUUAACUGGGUUGGGCGUACAGUACGCUCACCACAUAAAAGCAGUUGAUUUAGUGGAACAGAGUUUUUCCACUUUUUACAUCAGUGGCUAGACAGGGGUGAUGGGAGGAGUGUGAUAUUUUUGUUCUCAUAAUUUGUUUUUAUUUCAGACAUUUUUGUUUUCCAUUUAAACCAGAAUGCUGUGUUGACUCUGAUGGGCCAUGAACUUCAGUCCAUGUUACCUGAUACUGAGAGAACAAGAUUCCGCAGCUCAAUGUUAAUAUAGUAAAUUAUGAGAAUCUGUGCCAGUCAAUGCACUUGUUUCAUACAAAGUUGCUCUGUGUGCACCACAAGUUCAUCCACCUGCAGUCAGAGAUCAGAAAGCACAACAUUAGUGUUAAGUAGAGAAUCGUGUUUACGAGAUGUUCUAGAUCAACAUUGGUUACAUUUUUUCCUCAACUCUCUACACUCAGCCUUUUUCAUAUCUGUUGUCUUAAAACUUUUUAACAUGGACUGAACCAUUUUGUUAAUUCAUUGUGAACUUCCAGUGCAAUUAAGCUACAUGUUCCGGUCCUUGAAUUGAUUGAACAAACUGGGGAUAAAACAUCUUUGAGCCUUUUGUUUAUUGUUUUUUGUUUUUGUUUUUCUACAUGGCCAUAUUAUCAGAGUCCACUUUAACUGUGUUUUAGUCUAAGCUUUUGGACAAUGAUAUCCUUUUCUGCUUUCCAUGAGAACUGAAAAGCAGCUCUGUUCUUCAUUUUUAGUAGAGUUGUGUCGUGAACCCUCCUAUUUAUGUAUCUAGUUACCUCCCUUAAGUGCUUAGCUCUACUCCAAGGACAAUUUUGUAACUUUGCCUGUUUCACUAAUGCGUCUUAAAUGUCAUCCCCCCUCCCUCCCACCAGUAUUGCUGUUGCCAUAUGCAGUACUUGAAAAACGGUUAAUAAUUCAGGUGUUGUGGAUCCUCCCUCUCUCCUCAGUUCUCCUUCCCUUUUUGAUUGAUGGUGGGCAAGAAGUCAGUGCCAGAAAAUAUUCAGAUAGUUGUUGGCAGUUUUUGGGGUUUCUGUUGUUUUUUGUUUUUGUUUUUGUUUUGUUGUAAAUUCAACUCAUAUUUAAGACAUAUAAGCACCUUUUUUGUUUUUUUUCCUCUAAAAAAAUGCAAAAAGUUCAUUUAAUUCAGCACCAAAGUCACCGUCUACACAGUUGCGUGUGUAUAUAAGGUACCGGAUCACACUUUUUAUUGUGUGAUGACAGUUUUGAUCUCAUCACUUUUGUGUUGUAGCUGAGGUGUUAGGGGUUUUUUUGUUUUGUUUUGUUUUUUUUCUUGUGAGGAAGACUUUGUGGCCUUUCUUCUGGGGGAGGAACGGUUGUUGGUACAGAGUAUAAAAAAAACAUUUAACGGGGCAGCCAGAUGAACUGACUGUCAAAAAAGUCAAAUAAAUGAGAUUAUGUCUGAAAAUGUGGGAUCUUCCAUUCUAUUAUAUAUAAUUUAAAUCAGAGUGGGGCUGAUCUGGAGAUAUUUUAUAAUACGCUUGGAUUUGUAUGUUUGAAUUUUUUCCUCAGGAUCUGUUUUGUUUUUGAGUUUUUAAAAUGUGAUAUUUUAUUGGUGUGACAUUUUGCACUGCCUCAUGUAUUUUAAAAUCGUCAUUUUUGAGUGUGUGUGUGUGUGUUUGUCUUUGUUGCCUUGAAUUAUUGAAUACAACGUGCUUUACCAUCAUUCGCCUUGAGGUUGCUCUUUUGUUGGGUUAUAUCAAACUAGCCUCUUUGUUUUUUCUUCUUCUCUGUUCAGCACACUUUUCAGGGCUAGAUUUUCAUUCCACAUAAACAGCUCUUGUUAGGUCAGUAGAAUUAAUAUAUCUUUGAGUUUGUUGUCAAUUUCAGCUUUUCAAGGAGCAAAGCCAGUCAAAAACUAAUUAAUGUUUGAGAGAUCUGUGUGAAAUAUAAAUGUCCAGCACUUGUUUCAUACAGUCUUACCUCUAAUGUGUUUUUAGCUCCUCACCAGCCUUUUUUGGACCUGUUGUCAGUACAUCUCACAACUGAAUGAACUGGAGUGGAAUGAAGAUCUGCUCUCAGUGUUUUUUGUUGUUGUGUUUUUCACGAGAACCAAAGAAUUGCUGUCAUUCCAUCCAAAUUCUUUAACACAGUGUCCUGACAUGACGCUAAAGGUUCUUGUUUUCUUUCAUCCUUUUUUUUUCUCCCGCCUGGUGAAGCAGUGAAUAAACCAGGGGAAGCAAAACAUGUCAUCUGAUUUGCCACCACUAAUUAUCCACCUGCCACAAUGCCAAUCUUCUUAAAAUAUCCAUCCCUAAAAGUCAUUUUUAAUUGCUCUGUAAUUAAUGUAAAUUUGUUUUUGAGAUUUCAGCUUGAUGAUGUUUUUUUUUCUCUUCCUUGUGUCUCAUUUUCAAAGCAGCUGAAAAUGUGAGAUGAAUUUUAAACAGACAAAAUUCGAACAGCAGAACGUCAGCCAGCUUCGGCCAUCGUUCCAGGCAGCGGACCGCGUACACAAACAAACAGUGAGGUCUGCCACUGAUCACACAGUGUGAGUGUGUGAGACAGAAUGAGUGUGUGUUUAAAUAGGAGUCCUACUGUAUAGAUAUACACGUGUUGGAUAAAGAAGCGCUCUUCUGGGGGCUGUAGGCAGCAGCAGGUGGGCUGAAAAAAUGUAUCCAAGACCCCUGGUUUAACUCAGAUGUGGCAUACGUCUGCAAAAUGAGAAAUGCUGAUAAAUGCUGUCUCUUUUUAAUAAAUGUGCUAUUUUAUCAGAA